GCUCCUUUUUUUUUGUUCUUAUCACAUUUUGACCACAUCUGUGAUCUUUCACAGAACAAAUGCUAUUGUAUUAUUUAACAGAAACAAAGAGGUUUCGAAGAUGCUGCAAAUUCUGUCUAUUUUGUAGAAAUGCGGAGGGAUGGAUUUGGAGAGAUGCCAUGGUUCAGCUGUCUGAUGGCAGAAGAAGUGAACCUCAAUGAAGAAAAGAACUGCAGUCUACCAAAGAAAAAGGCAGUUGGUUAUGCAUUAUUUUUCAACAUCUAUUCUACGUGGGAUGGGCGAUCUUUAUAUCUGGAAGACCUUUAUGUUGACCCAGCUUUUAGAGGAAAAGGAAUUGGGAAAGAGAUGUUGAGGAAAGUGGCUGGGGUAGCUGUGGAGAAAGGUUGUGCCAGAGUUGACUGGAAUGUUCUUCAUUGGAACAAAAUUGCAACAGAUUUCUAUGACAAACUUGGAGCAGUGUGCUUAGAUGAAUGGCGUCUGUAUCGCCUAACCGGACAAAGUUUGCUGGAAUUUGCUGGCAAGGAACGUUUAUAGUACACAGGACUGUGGCCUAGCAACACCGGGUGGCCCCUGGCACCUUACUUUUUCUCUUGGGUGACAGUUUUUUUUAUAUUAAAACAUAUGCUGAGCACCCUGUAUUUCAAAGUUUCAGAGCACUGGGCUCCCUUCAGUUUUUCUUAGAGUGCAGUCUUGGUACACCUAUACCAGUAUGCUUGUAAAAUUCUCUGGUGGUAGAUUUUGAAAAAUUAUGAGUUGAAAAGUGGAUGAACAAUCCACUACUUGUGCAAAAAGCUGUUCUCUCAUUGGACCAUUCAAGAUUUUGUGACGAGAUGAACUGCCGCUGCACUUACAUGAUUAAAAAAUUUGAAUCUG